ACUCCGGAAGAAGUCCAUAGCCUUCACUCAAUAGUGAAAUCCAUAAAUUGUAAUCAAAGAUAACUACAAAUUGCUCCUUCACUACGUUUGCGAAAUUCAGUUCUGCGUUUUCUCCAGUUCGCACGGCGAAAUUCAAACUGCACUCUAGGGUUUGAUUAAGCACUUCCAUCGUCUCCUCGAUCAAUCGCGGCUUGUUUUUGAAGUAUUUACUAAAGAGGAAUCAUCAAUCAUGAAUUGCGAAGUUUGUCAGCUAAAAGAACUUGAUGUGGAGCACUUUGAGAUUCGAGAAGUCCUCCGAUGUAUUUUACAUACAAUUAUGUUCCACAGAGCCUUAGGCCUGCUGCGGCCGAAGGAUGUUGAUUUGGAACUUUUUGACAUUACAUAUACACAGUGUGGUGAUGUGGAGGUUGAAAAGAAAAUUGAAGAGAAGAUUACCCUAUUCAUCGACAGAGUCGAGAAGCACCCUAACAGGAAAAAUCAGAUUUGCCUAUCCUUCUGUGAAGUCAAAAACAAGCAGGCCUCGUGGUUCACUACCAAAGUUGAACGUUUUUACUGGGAACACUGGUAUAUAAAUUUGAAUGUGGCUCAUCAUCCGAAAGGUCAUCCUGGCAAGUCUCAUCUCUCAAAAGUAGUUGACCCAGGAGAGAGUGCAUCUGAGGAGAGGAGUGCUCGGCGAACAGUGUUGGAAUCAUCUCUUCGUGAAGUUAUGUUUCAGAUAAUAAAAUUUGUAAAUGAGAAAAAGGACCACAUUCCUGCGAUUUCAAAUCUUGAGUGUGUCACAUUUCCCUAUGAGAUCACUAUCUCAAGUUCAUCAGAUUCUACUUUUGGGAUGGAUGUGAUCAGGAGGAUGCUACAGACUGGGCAUCCAACCAUGCUCAGCUGAUUGGAGAUACCCUGAUGGUGGCCAGUCUUCCCUUUAUAUCAUUCUUUAAGAGGUAAAAUGGUUGUUCAUCCAGUGUCUGGCAAUGUGAAUAUUUCGGACCAAAGUUUAGUAUGGGUUCCUCUAGUGGCCAAGGAGUCACACAAUUGAAAGAAAUGGAAGCUGUGGAUAUAUUUUGCGUAAUCUACUAAUGUUUGUCUUUUUUCCCCCCUUCAUGUUUCAUAUCAUAGUAAACGAAAUAUAUAGCUGAAUAUUACAUGAUCAAUCUAAUUAAGUUUGUUUAGUUUCUUUCA